CAAAGGUGUCUAGUGAAGAAGCGACACCUCACGGUCUUCUCGUGUUAUCGCGAUAUUUGCAAUCUCGCCGCCGUUCGUGACCACGUCAAGGGAACACACAGAAGUUAGAAAUCAUGGCGGAGCGCAGGAGACACAAGAAGCGAAUCCAGGAGGUCAGUGAACCUACCAAGGAGGAGAAGGCGGUGGCCAAAUACCUGCGUUUUAACUGCCCCACUAAAUCCACCAAUAUGAUGGGACAUAGAGUGGAUUACUUUGUCGCAUCUAAAGCAGUCGACUGUCUGCUGGAUUCAAAGUGGGCCAAAGCAAAGAAGGGAGAAGAGGCUUUGUUCACAACCAGAGAGUCUGUGGUGGAUUACUGCAACAGACUCCUGAAGAAACAGUUUUUCCACCGAGCCCUUAAAGUGAUGAAGAAGAAGCCAGAAAAAGAUGUGAAGAAGGAAAAGGAAAAAGAGAAAGAAAAAGAGAAGGCGAAAAGUGACAGCGGCAAAGAGGAGGAGAAAAAGAGCAAAAAAGAGAAGGACAAAAAGAAAGAGCCUGAAGCUGCAGACGCAAAAAAAGACAAAAACGACGACAGUCCAGGAUCUCCAAAGAAGAAGAAGGAUGUGAAGAAGAAGUUCAAGCUGGAACCUCACGACGACCAGCUGUUCUUAGAUGGCAAUGAGGUUUAUUUUUGGAUUUAUGAUCCAGUCCACUUCAAAACCUUUGCCAUGGGAUUGAUUCUCGUCAUUGCCGUUAUCGCAGCCACUUUGUUCCCUCUGUGGCCGGCUGAGAUGAGGGUGGGUGUGUAUUACCUGAGCGUGGCAGCGGGAUGCUUCGUCGCCAGUAUACUUCUCCUGGCUGUUGCUCGCUGUAUCCUGUUCCUGAUCAUCUGGGUGGUGACCGGUGGCCGUCACCAUUUCUGGUUCCUGCCAAACUUGACCGCAGACGUGGGCUUCAUCGACUCCUUCCGGCCUCUCUACACGCACGAGUACAAGGGCCCGCGCUCCAAGAAAUCCAGCAGCGAGAAAUCCGAAAACAAGGAUGGGGAAUCCAGCAAGAAAUCGGACAGCGAGGAUAAAUCGGACAGCGAGAAAAAAUACGGUGAGGAGGAAGAGGACGAAGACGAGAACAAGGAAACGGGGGCGGCCGGAGGACACGGGGAGCGCCAGUCGGACACGGACAGUGACAGACGAGAGGACGACGGUUCGCAGCACAGCAACGGCAAUGAUUUUGAAAUGAUCACAAGAGAAGAGCUGGAACAGCACACAGAGGAGGAUGAAGAAGAAGAAGAAGAGGAGGAGGAGGAAGGGGAAGGCGAAACAAAGCCCUUGACUGUCCAGACAUAAACAUUUGGACUCAUGCCGCACACAUACUCCCAUUCUCCAUGUGGACCUGCUGACGUACUUCCGUCAUGUUCAGAAGAUGUUUCCCAUUUCUAUUCUGGCUGCGAUCUUCCUCCGUGAACACAGACAGGCUUAAAGGUUAAACCCGAGCGGAAAACGGCUGUCAUGACAAUGGAAAUAUUGCAAAAGCUGUUUCGUUUCCCUAAAUAUGCUUUCCAGCUAUGGAUGCAAUGGUGCGAGUCUCCCUGACCCCGUCCCAAACAACCGGUUUAUACUUUUUUCUCUCUCUCUUUUUUUGUUAACGUCAUCUUAUGUCAAGCGUUUGUUUCAUACAUGUCAGUAAUGUUAAAGACAGAUGAGCUUCACAAUGCUCUUCAAUGAUUCAGUUCUGAAGAUUAUUUUGGGUUCGUGUCAAGGCGUCCUAGACUGAUGUGGUUGUGUUAGUUUUCUUGUGUACCAUAAAUAUGAAUUGGAUCAUUCGGAUGGACCAACAUUUUGUCUACGAUACCUUACGAGUGUUAAUAUCAUUUUAAACAGGCACUUUUGAAUGACCUAGGACACAUUUCUGUAAAACCUUUGUUUGGGAGAAGAGUUGUGUAUGAUAUGUGUCUCAUAUGUUUAUGUUUCACGGCUAGUCGAGGUUAAGCUUUGUGACCCUGAUGGAAAAACAAUCCUUGUUAAAGUGAUGUAAUAAAUUGGAGUAUCUGUGACUGUGGUAGUAAGCAGUUUUCAGAACCACAUUCACAUUUGUGCCAAAUUAAUAUGAACAGCUCAUACAAAUAAUGAUCAACUCAACUAAAUUUGGUUAGCUGGUUAAUACAUAUUUUGCCACAUUUUUCUCCUUUGAAAAUUUUUUUACAGCUUUGACUAAAUAUUUACUGAUCUCACAUCUUCGCAGGUCGCUCAGUCGCACAUUAUUCUCCCGUCUCUUGUUAAAACUUUGAGCACCAAGAUAAUAACAACUUUACCCGAAGGUUUGUGGUCCAAAACAGCCUGUUUGUUGUUCUGUGUUUUAAUAGAGCUGAGGUCCAAUACUGUCUUUCUUUACAUAGGGUCGAGUGUUAUUCUACAUUAGCUCAUACUGAGGAUUAUAUUUAAGAGAUAAAAUACAAGUGUAUCGAUUAUAUAUGGAUUCUAUAAAUCUAGAUGUUUAGUCAUGCCAGCAGUCAGGUGGUGAUUCUCUCUGUUCAACAUGAUCUGUAUUUUAUAAUACCAGAAACCCAGGUUUUUCUUUUGUGUAUUUUAUAUAUACAUAUAUAACAAACACCAAUAAAUGUUUUCAGUACUGAAGACUUUUCAAAGAUUCUGGAAAUUUCUCAAACGCAACAUUGUCAUACAGCUUUCGUGUCUAAAAAUGAUAAACCCUUAUUCUGCUCUCCAAAUGCACACUAGUGUUCACAAGGAGCUUCUUGUGUUCAUUGCUCAAGUCAACAUUUCAUCUUUGACCUUCUUUGUAAGUAGAUUAUAUUGUCAUCAUCAUAACCUCCAUAUGAGCAGCACUUGGUGGUCCUCUAGAGAUGUCCUCAAUAUUUUUCAUUGACAUUGAAGACGUGUGCAGACCGGGCACAGUGUAAAACUAGUCAAACAUGUUUUCAGCCUGUAUGUUUUUUGGUACCAUUAUCUCUGAAGGACAAAUAUGCUAAUGUACCAGUAGAUUUAUUUUGUUGCCAGAAAAUUUGUUAUUGGGUGUUUCAGCACACAGUUUCGAUCUGUCAUGUACAAAUGUAGUUUUAAAUCAUAUUUCUAGAGACGAAUUAAAACCCCAUUAUCUUUUAUUUAUCUGGUCAACGUGUCUUCAACGAACUAAUUGUCCGUAUUUUGGGUCAACGAGGAGCGUCUUGCAAUAUCUUGCAGUAUAAUUUAAAUGUCUGUCUAAAAUUGUAUCUGUAUCCUUUCAUUGCAAUAAAAAAAUAUAACGCA